AAAAGGAGGAUAUCGAGAAAAACAUAGUUGUCACUCUGUCCUUCAACGUAAGGAGGCAUUGAAUGUGACAUCGGGCUUGCCAUUAGAUUGAUAUCGAUGAGGUUCAAGAGACUCUGCUGGAGAACGGAUUACGAGGGGAGCAGAUUUCGAAAUCGCGCGACGCAUCGAUCGAGUGUUACCUUCAAGUGUCACCAAAGUGUUCCGAAUCUCAAAGUGAUCUUUCUCGUGUGACUGGAGGAGACUUGGUGCUCACAUUGUCGUGAUUGUUUUUUGUGUAGUCAAUUGUGCACCCGAAGUGCGCGAGUGUCGCGGACUGAGUCUCGGUUGACGUGAGUGAGAAACACUGAUCCGGCUCCGUAAUGCGUGCCGUGUGAUGCGGCAGCGAAUAUCUCUGCCUGUUCGCAUCAUCACUACAUAAUCGAUGAGAACGAUGAAGAGCAGCACAACGUCGAUAUCGGCAAACUGUCUGUGAGAGACUAUCUUGAUGAUCCGGUCCAAGAGAUUCUCUCCGUGACCCUCUAAUAAUAGUGAUUAAUGAUACGGUGACGAAUGAUACGGAUCAAUAUCAUCCGUCGAUCAAAGAAAAUCGAAACGCUUAGCACAAUAUUGAUAAUGCCGUGGUACCGAGCACGCUUUCGACUAACGUGAGAUUACCGCCUGGCCUGUCAUAAUUCCGAGUGUCAUUGUGCAAUUUGAUUCAACGCCGAUUCGCGACGAAUCGCAACGCGUUAUACCUUAGUCCAAGACGAUCGGCUGGGAUCAUAAAACGACGAAGAGAAAAAUCCAUCGAAGUAUUUCAUUUAGAUUAAAUUAUUAGAAUACGUGCUGUGUGUGACAAUUAAAUCAACGUUUACGACGCUCGACGCUGUUGGAAACUCUCGAGAGGGAAACUUCCGAAGAACGAAUGCGCGCUGCAGCGAGAGAGUGUCAGCCCGGCGAUGCUAAUCGCGUGGCAAUAACGCGAAAGUGCGAGCCGCCGAGUGGACGCGUGACACGCUACGCGCUACGUCGUGGACUGCCGGUGAGAGACGGUACCGACGGGACCGCCGCCUAAAACGUGUUCUCCGAGUGCGGCCGGCAACGGAGACGGAAGAGGCGGUGGCGGAGGCGGCAAACGAGGAAGAGCAGUUUUGCGUCCGCCGGAGAAGCUCGAAGCCGUCAAAGUGGCUUCGUCACUGGGGCUCCAGGGGCCGUCAGCGCCGAUCGGGGCCCAACUACUGGCUACUGGUGGUUCGGAGGAUGCGCCGACCGCGACCGUGUACCACGCCAAUCUGGUAGCCGGUAGCAACACCUCCGUCGUGACAGCGGCGCUCCAGCAGCCCAUACUAGCGAGUCUGAACUCAGCGGCAUUGGCCAGCAUGCAGGCCUCCGCGGAGGCCAACUCGCGGAAUAUAACGACCAUGGAAUGGCUCUACAAGAAGGAGCCCUUGUUCACGCUCGCCCACUUCUGGCAACAGAGAGCGACUUCGGCGGAGAAAGAAAUAGCCGCGCUAAAAGAACAGCUCGCCGCAACGAAUGACAGCAAUUCCAAGACUGAGGGACACCAAUUGUCUCAGCCUCCGCAGGGAAGCGAUCAACAACAGGUACACGAUGCCAGCAAUCCCAGAAGGACGCCGAACAGCAACCUCGAACAGGAGCUGCAGGCCAAAGACAAAGAGAUCAACCAGUUGGUUGAGGAGGUGUCCAGGCUACAACAAAGCCUGCAACGCCUCCAGGAGACAAGUGCGCAAGCAACGGCGCGGCUCGAGGAGGAACUCGAAGUGCGCAGGCAACACAUUAACAGACUGGAGAGCAAAUUGGAACGGCAGAGGGACUAUGACGACCUGAAGCGCGAAAUUAGUGUAUUGAGGUCAGUCGACCUUUCGCAGAUACCAACUGGCGAACCAGGAAAGAGCUUAGAACAUCUUCUUAUGGAACGCUUCAAGGCGCUCCAACAAGCCGAGAACUUGAAAUCUUCCAAUACACCCGACGCACUCGGUGGAUUAUCGUCACCCCUGCAGCGCGCCUCAACCGCCUCGCCCCACGGGGUCGGAGGUGUGCCACCUACGUCCCAUGUGUCCUCCCAGCAACCACCGCCACCGCCUCCAACAGCAGCCUCUCUCCCUCCACGUUCCACCCCGACGCCCUCUUCGGCCACUUCGACGACUUCGAGUCUCCUCUUCCCGCCACCCCUCCAGAACGUCGAGACCUUUGGCUCAUUUCUCGGUGAAGAAAUUGUCGCCAAUUGGAGGCGGACGUUGGAAAGAUCUAUCAUGAACCAACAGCAGCAACAGCAGCAGCAGCAACAGCAGCAGCAGCAGCAGCAGCAACAACAACAGCAGCAACAGCAACAAUCACAGCCAUCUCAAUUAAGCCAGUUAACUCAACAGCAGCAACAAUUACAAGCCCAACCGCAUAUAGGUUUGCACCCACCAACAACGCCAAGUAGUUUAAAUCAUCUUCCAUCACCGGGUGCGGAUCCAUCGUCCACCUCGAACACUCCAGUGAAAUCGAACACGCCAAUUGGUACGACACCUUUGGGCAGUCUAGACAUCACUGAAAAAGCGCCAACGCCGGUAUCGGGACACGAAACACCGGCACCUCCGACACCAUCAUCCACAACCGCCUUGACAUCGCCGCCAAGCUUCCAGCCACCGACGUCGAUGGUAGAAACUAGUACUCCUUCGGCUUCCAUCAAUGGUGGCGGCCUUACGCCCGGUGUACCAAGCGCACCGCCUCCAAAGAGCCCACCUGACCAAGAGUCAUGUCACAAUAAUAAUAAUAGCCAUCAUCUGGCGAAUAAUAAUAUUGGCGGUCUGAGUGUCCUGGACACGCUGAAAAGUCCGUUUCGGUUUGACGAUCGAACAUAUCCCUUCCGAUUCGGCGACGAGUUCGGUGCCGCUGGUAUGGCUGGUCGGCUAGGCGAAUCUCUCAUUCCAAAGGGCGAUCCUAUGGAGGCGAGACUGCAGGAAAUGUUACGUCAUAAUAUGGACAAGUACGCCUCUCAGAAUCUUGACACUCUUCACAUAGCCAGGCGGGUGCGCGAGUUAUUGUCGAUACACAAUAUCGGUCAGAGACUGUUUGCCAAAUACGUUCUCGGGCUGAGCCAAGGUACGGUCAGCGAAUUACUUAGCAAACCUAAACCUUGGGAUAAGUUAACCGAGAAGGGCCGCGACAGUUAUCGGAAGAUGCACGGUUGGGCUUGCGACGAAAACGCCGUGCUGCUACUCAAGUCCUUGAUCCCCAAGAAAGAGUAUGUUUCAGGCAAGGAGCAAGGAAUGCCAGCAUUCGCGCGUGGACCACAGGAUGGUGGUCCACCAGAAAUGAGUGACGAAAGAUUGGCACAUAUUCUCUCGGAAUCGAGCCAUAUGCAAAUGAGAGGUGAGCACGAGAUGUCGAAUGACGCUGACAGCAAGAGUCCAAAUAGAAUCGGUUGCCCGAGUCCGUUUAACAAAGAUAGACUGGACAGCCAAAACAGGAGACUGAAGAAGUAUGAAAAUGAUGACAUUCCCCAAGAGAAGGUAGUGAGAAUUUAUCAAGAAGAAUUGGCCAAGCUGAUGGGCAGGAGAGUGGAGGAUCUUCGUCCACGGGAGUUUCCCAGCGCGAUCUUUCCACAUUUUUUCAGUGGCACCCAAGGUGGUCUUCAAGGCAUCGAACGUACCCAGGAAGACAUUCGACUGGCAUUGGAUGCUUAUCAUCGUGAACUCCAAAAACUGAAUGCCGCUCCAGGCCAGAAUCCCUCGAUGGCCGGACUACCAGGACUACCUGGACUGCCAGGUUUGUUGGCACUUCAGCAACAAGCUCUUCAGCAACAUCAUUUAGCCGCGAACGGCGGUGGCGGCGGUGUUCAAGACUUGAGUUUAGGCAAAGUGGAUCCGCGCAAUAAAAUGAUAAAUGGUGUAUCGGAAGAAGAGAAAGAAAAAAUGGAAGAGGCGAUGAGACACGCCGGAAGUGCAUUUUCUUUGGUGAGGCCGAAGCAGGAAUCGACGGGUCCUCAAUCGACGCCCGGCGGUUCCAGUGCGAGUUCGCCGCUUGGCAAUUCCAUACUCCCCCCCGCGAUGACACCCAACGAGGAGUUCUCUGGUGCGGCGGCAGCCAGCCCUCUUCAGAGGAUGGCCUCCAUCACGAACAGUUUAAUAAGUCAACCGUCCACACCAACUCACCAUGCGGCCAACCAAAGGCCGUUAAAAGCUGUGCUUCCUCCAAUCACGCAACAGCAGUUCGACCUGUACAAUAAUCUUAACACUGAAGAUAUUGUGAAAAGGGUGAAAGAACAGCUAUCUCAGUAUUCGAUUUCGCAGCGGCUAUUCGGCGAAUCAGUAUUGGGUCUAUCUCAGGGAUCAGUAUCAGACCUCCUCGCGCGUCCAAAACCGUGGCACAUGCUGACCCAAAAGGGUCGCGAACCCUUCAUUCGGAUGAAGAUGUUCCUCGAAGAUGACAACGCAGUGCACAAGCUUGUCGCCAGUCAGUAUAAGAUCGCACCGGAGAAGCUAAUGAGGACCGGCGGCUACGGCGGCCUGCCUCCUUGUGGAACACCCAUGAAACCUAUGCCGCCAACAAAACUCGUCCAAGAACAGCUUCAGAAUGCGGCAAAAGCACAGGCCGCCGCUCAAGCAGCUGCGCAAGCAGCAGCGCAGCAGCAUCAACAGGAGAAUCAGAUGCAGCUCGGUCCACCACAGCAAAGUCCUCAGCAUCCGCAACAUCCACAACCGCCACCACCAAUGAUGUUGACUCCACCCGGACCCCAUCACCCUCAUACUCAACUCAGCAUGCAAGAACCAAAGAAACAACAGCAGCAGCAGCAACAAAUGUCACUACAUUCGCCGCAUCAUCAGAUGGCACCAUCGCCUCUUCGAGGUCUUCAUCCACACAUUUCACCGAGCGUAUAUGAGAUGGCCGCUCUUACGCAGGAUCUCGAUACACAGACAAUCACUACGAAAAUCAAGGAAGCGUUGUUGGCUAACAAUAUUGGCCAGAAGAUUUUUGGUGAAGCGGUUCUCGGUCUAUCGCAGGGUUCUGUCAGUGAGUUAUUAAGCAAACCGAAACCAUGGCAUAUGCUCAGCAUAAAAGGUCGGGAACCUUUUAUCAGGAUGCAACUUUGGUUGUCAGACGCGCACAACGUCGAUCGAUUGCAGGCGUUGAAAAACGAACGGCGAGAAGCGAACAAAAGACGACGCAGCAGCGGUCCCGGUCACGAUAACAGCUCCGAUACUUCGAGUAACGAUACCGCCGAAUUUUAUCACGCAGCAUCACCUGGUCCUGGACCCACCACCGGAAAAAAGCAACGCGUUCUUUUUUCGGAAGAACAGAAGGAAGCCCUCAGACUUGCCUUCGCCUUGGAUCCAUAUCCUAAUGUGGCCACUAUUGAAUUCCUUGCCGGUGAACUCGCGCUGUCUUCAAGAACGAUAACGAACUGGUUUCACAAUCAUCGAAUGAGACUGAAGCAACAAACGCCGCACGGUCAACCGGAACCGCAGUCGCCACGAGAACCCGGGCAACCGUUUGACCCUGUUCAAUUUAGAUUGCUAUUGAACCAAAGACUGCUGGAGAUUCAAAAGGAGAGAUUAGGUUUAGGAAACGUACCUUUACCUUACUCUCCGUACUUUAAUCCAAAUUUGGCGGCUCUGGUAGGUAAUGCAUUAAAAGAACAAUGCUCUGGUCUUGAUCUCUCGAUGAACGCCCUGAAGAGAGAACCCAAUCAAGAGUUUGAGGACGAAGACGUUGAGGAUGCAAUGAGUAAUCUAGGUAGCGAAGACUCGGAAGGUUCAGCUGGCAGUAUAAAAAGAGAACCUACAGAAACGCCGACGGCACCUACGACAGUCAGGUCCAACAGAAGAAAACCUGCGGCACCGCAGUGGGUAAAUCCGGAGUGGCAGGAACCAACGAGAACGGGUGAUGAAGUUAUUAUCAAUGGCGUUUGCGUAAUGCAGACGGAUGAUUACGGAGUGAAGAGAGAAGCUGAGGAGACUAUAAGAGUCGAACCGACACCAGUACAGGACCGAUACGAAGAGGAUGCUCAGAGCGAUGUCUCUUCCGUGUCCGGUAAUAAUGGGGCAGAUCGGGAUAGUCCACUUCCCAGUCCAAAGUCUGGUCAAAACAGUCCAGCAACGUCGCUCAGACCGCCGUCGGCACAACAGACACAACAGUCCACCGAGGAAAGUCCGAAGGACGUGGUGAAACACGAACCGGAAGAAACGUGGGAUUAUUAGGACAAUUUAAAGCACAAAAUUCCAUGGGAUUACAUGUAAGCUUGAUGUUUCUUCUUCGGACAAAGACGAAACUCGAGCGGAGUAUCCGACGUGUCUCCAGGGUCGUAUUGUUGAGAUAUGCCAAAACGACGCUUUGUAAGAAAAAACGUUCCGCGAGGAUCACCGAUCUAGUUAAGUUUUAAACAAGAAAACCAGUUAUAGGACUCGAUCGUGCGAGUCCUGCCUACCACGAGGGCAUUAUCAUAGUGAGGCGCGAAGAGUCAUAGGAAGAAGAAAUGUCAUCGGAGAAGAAAUGAGAAGAUACCUCUUGGUCGAUAGAUGAGCACCAAGAGAAAAACAAAACGAUCAAAAUGGAACGGAGCUCAAUCAAAAGGACUCAUAUUGUGACGUUUUUUACGCGGCAAGUGUUACGAGAUCAGUGUCGGUGCGCGCGGGUCAAACGGCGAGAUCGUAUUAUUUAGAGGACUGUGAAGUACAACGGGGCCGGCUGUGGAAAGACAACGGGCUCUCGUUACAAUUCGCUCGAAAUUCGAGAGAACCCCGGCCGCUUUCGCUUUCGGAUGACAUCCCUUCUUGGUGAUGCAUAUAAUUCCAGAGAAGGGGAGACUAGGAGUGGACUAGAUAAUGCACGGAAAACGGAGGUGGUUCGGGUUCGCCACAGUGCAAUCUCCCAGUAACUAAUUGUUAGAUCAAAUUAUUAUUAAUUUUUAACGAAAAUUACGCGUGACGGAACGGCCGAUUAUAAUAAUUAUUGCAUAAUUGUGAUUCAUGUUAUUGUUUAUACUCGCCUCCCUAUAUUCCCCAUAGCGAUUAAGCUGUUAAUGUUAUACUCCUCUCUCUAUCUCCAGUUGUGUAUCUUUUUAUCUCUUUCGGUUAAGAUUCGACAUUUCCCUUUCUCCUUUCUCUUUUCCUACUCUUCUCUUCUCGCUUAUUCGUCUAUUUAUAAAAUUGUGAGGAGAAUGAUCACUUAAGACCGUUACCAAUGUUAUUAAUAUCACUGCUAUUAUAUAUAAUUAUGAAUUAUAAAUAUUAUUAUUA